CACGCGGCGAGCACAGCCACCAAGCCCUACCUGCAAGUUAAACACCUGAACCGGCAGCGGCAUCUUCCACCCCCGGGGCCGCGGCGACGUUCGCUUCCGGGGCGGCGCGUCCGUCAGUUCCGGGUCAGGGCUUGGGGCGGGGUGCUGUCACUCUUAAAGGGGCCGCCGCGGUCGCAGGCGGGCGCCCAGCGCCCGGGCCGGGGCGAUCGCAUGAGCCGUGCGCGGCGGGUGUUGUGCCGGGCCUGCCUCGCGCUGGCCGCGGUCCUGGCUGUGUUGCUGCUACUGCCGCUGCCGCUACCGCUACCGCUGCCGCUGCCUCGCGCGCCCGCACCGGACCCCGGUCGGGUCCCGACCCGGAGCCUGACCCUCGAGGUCUCCCGCCUGCAACCCGACGACGUCUUCAUUGCAGUCAAGACCACUCGGAAGAACCACGGCCCGCGCCUGCGGCUGCUGCUGCGUACCUGGAUCUCACGAGCCGCACGGCAGACGUUCAUUUUCACCGAUGGAGACGACCCUGAGCUCCAGCUGCUAGCAGGCGGCCGCAUGAUCAACACCAACUGCUCUGCUGUGCGCACCCGCCAAGCACUGUGCUGCAAAAUGUCAGUGGAAUAUGAUAAGUUCCUAGAAUCCGGACGAAAAUGGUUCUGCCACGUGGAUGAUGACAACUACGUGAACCCCAAAAGCCUGCUGCACCUGCUUUCCACCUUCUCUUCCAACCAGGACAUCUACCUAGGGCGACCUAGCCUGGACCACCCCAUCGAAGCCACAGAGAGGGUCCAGGGCGGUGGCACCUCAAACACAGUGAAAUUCUGGUUUGCUACUGGUGGGGCUGGGUUCUGCCUGAGCAGGGGCCUUGCCCUCAAAAUGAGCCCAUGGGCCAGCCUCGGCAGUUUCAUGAGCACAGCAGAGCGGGUUCGGCUGCCUGAUGACUGCACUGUGGGAUACAUUGUGGAAGGACUUCUGGGCGCCCGUCUGCUCCAUAGCCCCCUGUUCCACUCGCACCUGGAAAACCUGCAGAGGCUACCGUCUGGUGCUAUUUUGCAGCAGGUUACCUUGAGCUAUGGGGGUCCUGAGAACCCACAUAACGUGGUGAAUGUAGCUGGCAGUUUCAGCAUACAGCAGGACCCUACACGGUUUCAGUCUGUGCACUGCCUUCUCUACCCAGACACCUACUGGUGCCCUAUGAAGAACAGGGUUGAGGAAGCUUUUCAGUAACUGCCGACUCCUGGUGGCUGCUCUACCUGGCUCCCUCGGGCCUUAGAUUCAGGCAGUCAGCAGAAGCUGCUUGAAGGCCUCCCACGACCCCGGUCCCAGUUGGACACCAGGUACCUCGGGAAAAUGAGACAACUGGGCUGUGCGUGCCAAGACUGUCCAGGAAGAAAGAAAGGAAAGAUGCUGAGUGCCUGAUGCCUCUAGCCCAGCCACUAGUCCUUCCCUGGACAAAGUCUACCACCCCAGCUACCCCAGACUGUGGUUCCCAGCCCAGCCACAGGUCCUUCCCUGGAUAAAGUCUACCACCCCAGCUACCCGCAGACUGUGGUUCUCAGCCCAGCCACAGGUCCUUCCCUAGAUAAAGUCUACCACCCCAGCUACCCCCGGAUGGUGCUUCCCAGCCUCCAACUGCUGCAGCUUGUCCUCACCCGCAGAAGAUGGGGCCAGGUGGGCUAGUCCUUAAGGGGUGGGCUUCAGGCCUGGCCACCGGCUCAUAGAGCCACCACUAAGUAAGAAUGUACAGACUGUGUGGCCAGAGGACACUUGGGACCAGCCUUGGGACUGUUUUUGCAUAGGAGCUUCUGUUCUCCCGUUACCUCCAUCUGAGCCCUCCCAGAGAGACUGCUGGGAGACUUCCUUCCUCUAAUGCGGUGUUCAGGAUGCUUCCCUCUGAGCUUCCCAUUGCUAGAGCCUUCCCUCUGGGCUCCUUGGAGUGAGAUGCAGGCUCAUCCAUCAGCUUUUACGGGGAGCCCGAGGGGAAGCUGUUGCAAUGUUAAGUAAAGGCUUCCUUGUCA